CCCCCGGAAUGUUGAAUCAAAGAAUCAGUCGAUCUUGAAAAUGGCGGGGCUGCUGGACGUAAUCUGGUCGGAAAGCUUUUGGCUUCCAAAAGGCAGGACAUGGGAUGAUCUCAAAUCGACUGAUACAAUAACGAAGCCACAGGCUGACGAUUUAUAUAUAGUUCCACCGCUUGCAAUACUUCUUCUUGUCGUUCGUUUUCUCUUUGAAAGGUUCAUUGCCAGACCUCUUUGCAUUUAUCUUGGUAUAGAAGACAAGCCGCGAAAGGAACCAGAGCCAAAUGUCAUUUGUGAAAAAGUAUUCCAUUCUGUUUCUAAAAGGCCAGAUGAAAAUGUUAUUAAAGGACUCUGUAAUCAGUUAGGUUGGUCAGACUUUAAAGUCAGACAAUGGUUCACUCGAAGAAGAAAUAUUUCCAAGCUACCUGUUAUGAGAAAAGCAACAGAAUCAUGUUGGAGAUUCCUGUUCUACAUUUCGGCUUUUCUUUAUGGAUUUGGAGUUUUGAUAAGAAAAGAUUGGUUUUUCAACUCAGACGAAUGGUUCAUUGGCUAUCUCACAGAUCAAUCUCUUGAAAGCGAUAUUAGGUGGUACUACAUCAUAGAAUUGGCUUUUUAUGUUUCUCUACUCUCAUCAGUUCUUGUGGAUAACAAAAGGAAGGAUUUCUGGGAAAUGACUAUCCAUCACUUUAUAACGAUUUUGCUAAUUGGGGGCUCAUACGUCAUCGGGCAUUUUCGGAUUGGUUCAGUCAUCAUUGUGGUUCACGAUUCUUCGGAUUACUGGCUCGAGUCUGCUAAAGUGGCAAAUUAUGCAAAGAUGCAAAGAACUUGCGAUGGGCUUUUUGUUGGAUUUGCUCUUACAUUUUUCUUGUCGCGAUGGGUUGUGUAUCCAUUUUGGGUGUGCAAUGCAGCCCUAUUUACUAGCAUGGAAUACAGCGGCCUAUUUCCUUCCUAUUCAAUUAUGACGUCAUUUCUCUUUGUUCUCCAGAUUUUGCAUAUUCUCUGGGGAUUCCAUGUUGCCCGUGUGGUCUAUACUUUUACGGUCAGCGGUAAGGUGGAAAGGGAUGUGAGAAGUGAAGACGAAGAUGAAGAUCCUGUUGAAGAAAAGGAGCCAGCCGUCCAGGCAAAGAAAAAGAAGUAGAUUUCAAAUUCAUCAUUUGCUCAAAACAGAAAUCUACUCAACAAAUCUUGACUUUUUUAUCCUUAGUAUAUGUGACAAAAGCCAAAUCAUUUUACACCGAUCACCGAUGGAGGGGAAGAACUCGACCCUAGCAAGAAUCAUCAAAUCACUCCAGUUUAUUCUGAAGACUUCUUCUUGCAGAUUAAUUCUAAGUUUUUCAAUUUCUUGUCUAAUUCUUUAAUCUUGGUGUUGUUCGUGAUUUGAAUUUUUCCUCCUCUUA